UCUAUUUCAUCAGUUUAAUUAUUUAAGUAGUUUGUAGUGUAUUUUUUGUUGUUAAUUCCGUUGGUGCUUGGAGGUCGUGUGUUCGAGCGGCGUUGGUUUGAGAUGGAGCCAGUGGAGCGGCGCAGCAAAGUCAAUUUCACUGAGGAAGAACGCAACGUGCUCGUAGAUCUCGUGAGCAAGUACAGCAGUGUGCUUGAAUGCAAGCAAACUGACGCGGUGCCUGUUCACGCCAAGAAAAAGGCGUGGGAGAAGCUCACCGAAGAAUUUAACUGCCGCCACAAUGUGCGGCCGCGAACUUCUAAACAGUUGAAAAAGGGCUGGGACAACCUGAAGGAGAAGUGGCGCCGCGCGAAAGCCGAGGACACCCGGGAAAUAUUCAAAACAGGUGGCGGCACCCCGGCGGAUAGCAACAUGAACGAGGAGCUGCAGAGGGUUGGCGCGGUGGCAUCUCACAUGGCCACACGCCUACAAAAUCCCUUUGACAGUGACCGCACUGGGCCUGGCACAGAGACCACCACGCCUGCUGUUGCAGCACUGCUGGCUUCAUCACAGCCGGGACGAAGCACUGAUGUAGACGAUGCCGACAUGCAGUGCGAGAACUCGUGGCAGUGGGAUUUGCCACACAGCCAGGAUGAAGAACCGGCUAUACAGUGUACAGUCCCACAAAAUGGUGACCCUGCUCAGCUAGCACAAAGGACUCCGCCAGCACCAUCCCCACCUGGAGUCGUGCCAACUGCAGACCUGCCAGCUGUAGUCCUGCCAGCUGCUGUGCCACGGGUGCCAAUAGCCUGCCAUGAAAGACGAACCAACGCAAGCCGGCCGUCCUGCUCAAGGAAUGAUGCUGUGACGAGCGAGCUGGGUGCUCGGCUUGCUGCCAUCACGAAAGAUGCGCGGCAAAAGAGGAAGGAGCACUUGCUUCGCAUGAAGCUUCUACGUGAGGACCAUGAGCUUCGCACGAAACUCGCUCGUGAUGAGCAUACUGAUAGACUACAGAAAAGGGAGGCAGAGCACGCACAACAAAUGGAGAACUUGAAAGCAAAAAAGGUCCUUCUUGAACUGAAGAUUAAGCUUCUUAACAAGCAAAAUGAAUGAGGCAGAAACAAGAAAAAAAAUUUUUCAUUAAAGAGAAAAAGGUGUCUUAAUGAAAAUAACAGAAAUUUGAGAGUUUUACGUGCUGAAACCACCACUUCAUUAUGAGGCAGCCAUAGAGUGGGAGCCCGAAAAUUUUAAGAUGGUUCUUUUACAUGCCUCUAUAUCUAAGUACACGGGGAAUGUCACAUUCCAGCGCCAUCAGAAUGAAUUGGCUACCACAGCUUGGAUCGAACCUGUGACCUUGAGUUUGCAGCCCCGCACCAUAGCCACUGAAGUACUGCCAGUUUCAUUACAUUGUAGCUGUGUGGUCUGUCUCUCUUGUGGUCCUCACAUUGUACUUGCAGCGUCAGCGCAUGAAUUGGUUAAAAAC